ACAAUCCUCCUUCGAUAAUGGGUGUGAGCGCUAUGAAUUCAGAGAGGAAAAUUGGCACAAAAAUUGCGAAUUCUCUGUGACCAUUCGCAUUAAUAAUUCGUCUUUUGGCGAAUGAAGGCAUGGAUUUCUUGUGAAUUAGUGUUUCAAAUUGUUUGGAUAGAUCUCAAGUGCUUUAUCGCUUAAUUCAGGGAAGACGAAAGCGAGCUAGUGCAAUAUUGAUUGGUCGUGAGCGUGAAGUAUCAGAAACCAGUUUCUAGAACAGGUCGCUGCCGGAUACACUUUCGAGGAUGGCCAAUAUCUGGAAAGAAUAUAAAAAAGUUGGAACACUGGGAGGAGCUCGUCACGGCGACGCCUACCAGGUGCAUGUGUUGAUGAUGCUCUACGAACGGGCCGUGGCCGAUGGUGGUUGUUUGAAUUUCCGCUUGGCGACGGAAUGGGAAGCUGCGGGAAAGUUCGAUGAUGCAGUUCUUUCAUGGGCGGGUGGAAAAGAUAACGCUAUCCGGAACUGGAUGUUCAUCCAGGUCAAAUACAAACAUAAACAUAUUACACAGAAGCUGAGCGAGCGACAUCUUUUCCCACUGCUGGAUGCAGAUAGGAACAAGGGAGACUUUUCCAUGUACAAAUAUUUGGCAUCGUUUUGGGACAUCAAGGAUAACCAUGAAUUCGAGGGAAGCAAACACCAUUUUGUUAUAUACACCAAUGGUGGAUUAGAUGAGGAAAUUCGUCAUUGGUUCAACGAUGCAAAUGACCAAACUAUAGAUGCUUUUAAGCUAUUGAAGAACAACGAGAAAUUUAUGAAGAUGAAUGUAUCGGAUAAGUACGUUCAAGAAUUAUUGCAUUAUAAAAACAAGGAUUUCUGCAAUCUACGGCAGGUGAUGCACGACGCGUUUCUCGAUAAGAGCACUGAGUUUCGAACUGAUUUAUUUGAAAAGUACAGGGGUGCACUGAAUAACAUUGUGCUGGUUGUGGAUAAUGAUAUGGUUCGCUUGGCGCCAAGGUUCAUUAAGAAGAAAAAACUAAAUCCGGCCGAAUUUCAGUUGCGCGAGCAGCUCUUAGAAGAUGAUAAAACACUAGAAGAGUUAAACUCCUUGACAAGUAGAAAUGAAGAGCUGAUCCAAGUUCUCAAAUCUAAGCGUGAUUCCAUCAACGCCCUACCUCGUUGUAUCGAGAGAGCGGAAGUCGAAGAGUUUCUACGGCAACUAACGUUUGCCUUCAAUCAACCUGUCAACCUAGAUGACAUAAUUAGAAAGGAAUUCAGGAAUCUGUCGUCGAUGAAGGAUCCCGAUUCGAAUGAAUGCUAUGCUCAACUAAUGUUUACAGAACUUCACAAGUUUAUCUACGAUUGGUUAGACUGCAAUGAUUCAAAGUGUAAAUUUUUAACCAAAGAUGAAUUUAUGAAGCUGUCUGAAGAUGUUCAUCGCACUAUUGGUAGAUCGAAGCUAGACACACAUACUGAAAUUUUCGAAGGGCAAAUGAAAAAAUUGCGUGUUAAAUUCGACGAUUGCAGUCCGUUGAGUGACUCAUUCGUUUUCGUCCUUCCAGUAGCUAUUGUUACAAGUACCGAUCAAGGUUUAUUAACCUGUCUUAAAGUAUAUCAGAUGCUGCAAAAUCACUACUACCGCUAUUUUUCCCUGAAGGACCUCCAAUUGCUUGCCAUUCGUGUUGAAUUGUGCAAGUUCUUGCGUAAUUCAAAUUCAGAAGUAUUCGUUUUACUUAAAGAUAACUGUCCAGAAUUUGAGUUCUCCACUGAGUUGCUUAAAUCAAUCCCAAUCAAGAGCCAAGUCAAACUGAUUUUUCUAACGUCCAGUCAGAAACGUGCCAGCAAAUUUUUCAAUAAUCACCAAUUUUCUGUGAUUGAAGAUUGCGAAAACAGUAUGAAUCAAUUGAAAGGACGCAGUCAAGAGUGGUUGUUACAAAGAUCCGUGCUAUUCCAGGGUAUUGAACUUGUUCUGAAUGAACUGCCACGGACUGAGCUGCUCAGAGAACUCAUAAGAGAUGAAACGCUUGAAAUGUUGAUGCAGGGUGAAACUAUAGAAAUUGGAACAGUCCUGCCAGAGCUUCAGCUGAAAUGCUACAUCGCCCGAACCAUUAGUCGGAGUGAAACGGUCAACUCGACUAGCAAUAUGGACGAUUCGUUUGAAGAUAUGGGAAACAAUGAACCAGACUUAGCAAAAAGCUAUAACGAAGAAGAAUUUCUUAACGUUGUUUCUCUCUCCGGUAACGUGACAGUGCUGUCCUCGACACCUGGAAAUGGAAAAACGACCUUAUGGAUUAAGUUAGCCUUGAUUGCGAAGAAGUUGUACAAUGCCAAAUGGAUACUAUUCGUGAAGCUAUCAGAUUGUACGAAGAAACUAGAGGAACUGAAAAAUCCAGAUGAUCUAGGUGCUGUAAUUGAUUUUCUACAGAAAAUACUUAGUUUUAAGUCAAGCUUUGAGCGAUCACUGUUUUCUAAAUGGUUGCAAGACAUACCGGACAGUAUUUUCAUUUUCUUUGACGGCUUCGAUGAGUUACCGAUAGAGACGAUGGGACGAGCAAUUACUUUAUUUCGAAUGCUCCAAAACGUUCGAGUUUUUAUUAAUACCCGAUCCCACCAACAGAUUGAGUUGGAGCAGGCCAUGGAAGUUGAAGCUUUUAAUCUGGAACAAAUCAGCGAGAAUGAUCAAAAGAUCCUUUUUAAAAGUCUUUGGGAUAUUUCAGAUGCAGCAUUCUACGAUAUUGUUCCUGUAAACAAGUUUGUGAAACAGUUGAUUGGAAAAAUUCGUAGCGAAUCGAUGGAAAUUGCUAGCAAGUUUGUCGGUGUCCCUCUCAUAGUCAAUAUGCUUGCAGAAAUCUACAAACCGUAUGUGAGUGAAUAUUGCCAGAGAAACGAUAGUGCCAUUUUACAAAACACUAACCUGGAUUCGUUAAACAUCAUAAUCCUCUUCGAGAUGUUUGUAUACCACUCCUUCAAGCGGCAGAACGUGGAGAAGCAAAAUUUGAAUGAAAACAACCCCCAUACCAGGAUGAUGCUGGAUAAGCAAAAUUCCUUGUACGAAGGCUUCGUUAAACUUCAUAGUUUUCUCGGCCUAAUGAGUUUGGUUAAAAGGCAAAAGAUGCAUUUGAUUAUACGUAGUAAGCAGGAGCUAAUAUCCCUACAAGAACAAGCAGACCGCCUUUUGGAUUCGCGAAUUGUGCCCAAUUUUCAAAACGGAGUUCCAGCCUUUAUCCAUUCUUCAAUAGCUGAAUUCUUCGCUGCCAAGUGUUUGUACGAGUACCUGCUUCGAAUGAAUUUUGAACACACAAAGAAGAAUUUCGUUGCCAAUGAGGAAAAUAGGAAUAUUUCUAAAAAAAAAUACAUAAAAGAUAUUUUUGACCUCUAUCAUAUUGUACUGAAGGACCAUGCUACCGUUCGAAAAUUCUUCUUUCUCUCAGCAAAGUCAAAUGAGAAAUUUCUGAACAAAUUGGAACAAAUGCUAUGGUGCAUGCGCCCUUAUCCGUUACUCUGGGCAUGUGAAGAAAAUUUUGAACAACUUGCAAAGCGUCUGAUCGAACAAGAUCCAUCAAUUGCCACGUAUCAAACAAAGCAGAAAAAAUAUGCACUUCACUACGCUGCCACUCACGGGAAUGCUGCAAUCUGCGCCUUACUGAUCGAGCACGGUGCGGAAGUCAACACGGAGGACAAGAUCAAACAAACGGCAUUGCAUUUUGCCGCUCAAAGCGGUCAUCCGGAAGUAGCAGGUUUGCUGAUGACACGUGGUGCACUCGUUGAUGCUGUAGACAUUCACCUCCAAACGCCGCUUUUUCUAGCAUCUCAAGCCGGCCACAUCCGAGUGGUACAAGAACUGAUGAAACAUUCCUGCGAUGUAAACCGCCAAAGCAAACGUGGUUGGAAUGCCCUUCACAUAGCUGCGUUAAAUGGUCACACUGACCUUGUGCGAGUUUUGAUUGCCAAAAAAACUCAAAUAAAGGUAGGACAGGCUAAAAACUGGGUCAUGUUUCUAGGACAUUUGAUUCCUUCCAAACCUCGAGAACUAAUUGCUACUCUUAUAGAGUAUGAAAUCAGCACCAAAAAACCGGAUCGUGUUCAAACUUUGUUCUGGGCUGUUCGACGCGACCAUGCCGACCUAAUCCGUGUCAUGCAUAAGGCCGGUUUGGAUUGUAACGAGGUGGAUGUAAAGUCCGGGCUGUGUGCCUACCAAAUUGCUUUGCAAAAUCGAUCAUUUAAGGCCGCUGAAGUGAUCCUUUCCGUUCAGAAAAAUUUACACGGGUUUGAGUAUCCUUUGCACGCUGCUGUUUUGGCCGGUAGUGCCGAAUGCGUCGAUAUUUUACUUAACAAAAAGGCAGAAGUGAAUGCUAUAGAUAAAAAUGGUAUGACUUCUUUGGAUUUAGCAUUGCAGCGGGGUAACGCCAAAAUCGUCGAGCUUCUACUGAAGAAGUCAGCAAAAACAAAUAAUAUUUCAAUGUUCGAGGUGGUCUACUCUUCCGGUCAGUGUGCCCAAAUGUUUUUGGAUCAGGGAGACCUUACCAGUAUUGAGCAGGCAAUCGCCAAAGAUGGUAGACCCAAUAAAUGUUCGUACGAGAAAGCAACAGCACUUGGAUUUUCAACUGUUGCCAAAGGGAUUGCAACCAUCAUUAAAAAUUUCAACGAUAUUCGAUAUCCACUACACGCUGCUGCCAAAGUCGGAAGCAUUGAGCUACUGCAUUUUUUGAUAGAUCAGAAAGUAGAUAUUAAUGUCACUAAUAAACGUAAAGUAUCCGCACUACAAUUGGCAAUUCAAUUUAACCACCCAAUGGCUGUUAGUUUUCUACUCGAGAAAGGAGCGAUUAUCGGGGAGUUGCCUUUGCAUUUAGCCAUCUUAACGGACUACACGGCCACCACGGAAUGUGUUGCCCUGUUGUUGCAGCACGGAGUUGAUCCAAAUGAAACCGAUGAUAAGGGUCGCACGGCUCUACAUUUGGCUGCUGCCUACGAAAACCACGAAUGUUUGGAAAUACUUUUAAAGUACCGUGCAUCGGUGAUGGCAAAAGAUGAUGCUGGUAUCAUCCCUCUUCAUUUUGCCGUAACAUUGAGAGCCCUAAAAGUGAUAGAAAUACUACUUCAGCAUCCAAUGGCAUCCGAAAUGCUCAAUGCUUCGGACAGAGAAGGAUGCACAGCUUUACACAUGGCAGCAGUACUAAACUACCCGGAUGUUGCAGCUAAAUUGAUUGACGCGGGAGCAGAUUUGAACGCUCGAGACCACAAAAAUCGGACACCUUUACAUUUGGCGGCAGCCGGGCAAUUUCAUGACGUCGUCGAAUUGCUGAUCAUGCAUCAGGCUGACAUCAAUGCCAUAGAUUGUGGUGGAAUGACAUAUCGCGAUUUUGCUAGAAAAAUGGUAGCGAUAACAAAUUAAGUUAAAGAUUUGAUGAAUAUCGUAGACAAUCGGGAACGAUCCCAGGAUCAAAACAUUGCAUGAUGACGUUAUCAAAGAAAAAUUGACUGCUCAGCGAGUUUGCAAAAGAAGGUAAAUCGGUAAAUUCAAUAUGGUGUGGCAACCUGAAUCAUACAUCACCGUUACUAAAUUUUUUUUGUAUUUCGUUUAUUUG